UAUGUUCGACCUGCUCCAUUACCCAUGUCAAUUGCCUGGACAGUAACAUUGAAGACUAUCGGCUCAUGGAUGUUGACACCAUUUGGUUUCCUGGUCAGCCUUUUCACCGUCAAUAUAAUCGCUUGGGCCACCAUGCUAUUCUUGCUUCUUUGCAAUUUCAUAUCGGCAAUGUGUUGGAUUCCAAAUCACAAUCAAGGCUGGGAUUAUGAUUGUACAAGCAUGCAAAGCCCGCGACUCAAAUGGAUCGAGAUCAACUCGCAAGUAUUGAAUGCUUUAUUCUGCAUCACAGGUUUCGGACUCGCUCCAUGGAGACUUCGCGAUCAAUAUUUCAUCCUGGAUUAUCAUCUCAUCGCCGAGGCCAAGCAUGGCAAAGUACGAAAGAUGUACGGUCUCCGCAAAUUGGCAGGUCAAUACCGUAAUUGGAUCAGGCUGCCUGGAUCACAAUCCCUGGAUUGUUCGAAAUCGGAUACACGAAUACCUCUGCCUGUGAAUAAACAACCAAAUCCGCCCGCUACGGGAAUUCGAGCACCGGGAACAUCUAUAUGGAAGGUUGACGUUGUGGUGGGAUGUCAGACCGUCAACACUCUGCUCCAAGGCGGCUUAUGUGGUUUCAUGUGGGGCUGGAAUCGCUUCAACCGCCCACCUUGGGCCACAGGUUCAUUAAUCACAAUGGCAGUCAUCGUUACAAUUAUCGGCGGGAUCGUGGGAUACCUUGAGAGCCGCAACAUCAAACGCAUCGAAGGUGUCUCGCCGCCUGUAGAUCGCCAGACAAUGCAGCAAGCAAUUCGGGACAUAUCUAAGGGACAAACGAGCUCACGUGCCCAGAGAACUCGGGCGAUGGCGGUCGUAUAG